AUGGAGGCAGAUUACAUGGAAUUGAAAUGGUGUGCAAAGACCGUCGGCCCGACAUUGCCGUCGUUCUACCUUGACGAUGAUCGCCUGCCGUCGAACAAGACCUAUGGUUUCAACCUCGUCUCGAGCACUUCUCCGUGUGUGGCAUGGCUCAACAAGCAGGCUCCUUGCUCUGUGCUCCUCGCAUCCUACGGCACGGUCGCUAACCUUGACUCGACACAACUAGAAGAGCUAGGCCAUGGAUUGUGCAACUCCGGACAACCUUUCCUUUGGGUGUUGAGGCCUAGUGAGACAGAUAAGUUGACCCAAGAACUCCAUGACAAAUGCAACAUGAAAGGCCAAAUUGUCCCCUUUUGCCCUCAGCUGGACGUGUUGGCUCACAGGGCCACAGGUUGUUUCUUGACACAUUGUGGAUGGAACUCGACAGCUGAAGCAAUUGCCACCGGUGUACCCAUGAUCGCAAUACCGCAAUGGGCGGACGAACCGACCGCCGCAAAGUACGUGGAGAGCACGUGGGGGAUCGGCCUGCGUGCACGCCGAGGCAAGAAAGGCUUGGUGAGACGAGAAGAGGUGGAGAGGUGCAUCAAGGAAGUGAUGCGUGGGAAGGAGUAUAUGAGGAAUGCUUCUAAGUGGAUGCAGAAGGCCAAAGAGGCUAUGCAGGAAGGAGGGAGCUCUGACAAAAACAUUGCAGAUUUUGCAGCCAAAUAUUUAUGA